ACCAAAAUCCAUGUUCUAUAUACUCUACUAAGCUACCACACUCCAUUGAUCUCUUAUCUCAUUAACCGUCAGCCAUGUCUUCCCCUCCACAGACGGAAACCGUCUUUAACGUCGACCAAACAACCCCACUAACGAGAAAGAAUAGCAAAGCUAUCAAAUGGUCUCUACUGAUACUCAACUGCACUAUUAUGGCUAUAGGAACCAUAGGCGGUCCUCUGUUAAUGAGGCUCUAUUAUCUUCAUGGAGGCAAUCGUAGAUGGCUCUCGAGUUUGUUACAGAGCGCUGGGUUUCCCAUCCUUCUGAUCCCACUCUCCCUCCUCUACUUACGCCAUCGGCGGCAUCGCGGCGUCUCACCCUCCGAGUUCUUCAUCGAACCCAAGUUGUUAGUGUCCAGCGCUGUGCUUGGCCUCUUGCUGGGUCUCGACAACUUCAUGUACGCACUCGGCUUAUCUUACAUUCCUGUAUCAACUUCUGCUAUUCUGUUCGCAUCUCAGCUUGCCUUCAUUGCUGGGUUUGCGAGGUUGAUAGUGAAGCAGAGGUUCACGCCUUAUUCAAUUAAUUCCGUGGUGUUGAUGACUAUUGGGUCGAUCACGCUUGGGAUUCACAGCGACGGAGACCGGCCGGCCGGAGUCUCCGACGGGGAGUAUCUCUCCGGCUUCUUAUUGACGUUGGGGAGUGCAUUGCUGAUUGGGUUCAUCUUGCCUAGUAUCGAGUUUGCUUAUUCAAAGGCGAGCCGGGCAGUGGAUUUAACAGCAGUGAUGCAAUUUCAGUUCAACGUUGGGUUGUUUUCAAGCAUCCUUUCCGCCACGGGGAUGCUGAUAAACAAGGAUUUCCAGGAAAUUCCAAGAGAGGCAAGGGAGUAUGAGCUUGGACAUGGAAUGUAUUACUUUGUGCUGUCUGCAAGCGCCAUAGCUUGGCAGUUAUCUUUUGUAGGACUUUUAGGCCUGAUCUUCUGCACUACCUCUCUCUUCACUGGGAUCUACAGUGCGGUUCUUCUUCCUUUCGCAGAGGUCGGGGCUGUCAUCGCCUACCAUGAGAAGUUCACUGGAGAGAAGGGGAUUGCUUUGGCCCUUUGCCUUUGGGGCUUCACCUCUUACUUCUAUGGAGAGUACAGGAAGAGUAAGGUGGAGACAAGCAUGACAAUCGAUGACCAAUCGCCUCAGCCAUGAAUUGCCUACAAUCCAUAUGGUUUUAUCCUUAAAGCCCAAUCGCCUCAGCCACAUUUUGUUCACUAUUUUCUCUCUUCUUUUACAUCAUUUUUACAUGCAGUUUUUUUUUUUUUUUUGAGAACGGUGGUAGAAAAGAAGGUUUUCGGCAAACCCUGUAUUCUCUAUUCUUCAUAUGGAAUACAUACACUGAUUGUUCUCUCUCUC